AUGAACAGCUUCUCUCAUCUAUCUCAGUUUCUCGCAACACAGCUCCUGUUUAUUUUCAGAAUGGAAACCCCUGUGACCACUGCUGUUUCUACAGUCGUGACUGCUGUCAUGACUUCCGCUGUUGCUGUAACAACUGGUCUGCAAAAGAUGUUCUUUUAUCUGACCACGCUGAAUCUGGCAAGGUUCUUGACUGAACCGAAACCCCAUGUUGAUGAAGGGGAAAUGGAUGCUCAAACUGUGAGCGCGAUACAUGCUUGGAAUCAUUUGGAUUUCCUGUGCCGCAACUUUAUCUUGAAUGGUUUGGUGGACACAAUGUAUAAUGUGUAUUUCAAAGCCAAGACUGCCAAAGAAUUGUGGGAGUCUUUGGAUCGCAAAUACAAAACAGAAGAUGCGGGCACUAAGAAAUUCGUGGUGGCUAAGUUCUUGGACUUCAAAAUGAUUGACUCUAAAACUGUCAUGAGCCAAGUCCAAGAGUUGCGGGUUAUUCUUCAUGAUAUUCAUGCGGAAGGAAUGAUGCUCAGCGAGACAUUCCAAGUUGCUGCAAUGAUCGAAAAACUGUCACCAAGCUGGGUUGAUUUCAAGAACUAUCUCAAGCAUAAGCGAAAGGAGAUGACCAUUGAAGAUCUUGUUGGAAAAAACAAGGACAGUGGAAAGGGUGGAAAGAAGGGUCAUGGGAAACGCUCCAACCUUGGUCCGAAAGGAGGUGUUGGGAAAAAGAAGUUCCAAGGAACUUGUAAUAAUUGUCAAAAGCAAGGCCACAAGGCCAGCGAAUGCAAGCUUCCCAAGAAGGAAAAUGAUCGACAAGUGAACAUGGUUCAUGAAGUCGACAAACUUGUUACCAUGGUCACGGAUCUUUCGAUUUUGGUGACCGAAGUUAAUUUGGUUGGGCAAAAUAACAAGGAUUGGUUCGUCAUGUGUGUUCCGACAAUAGCCUUUUCAACACCUUCAAGGAGGUGA